CAUGCCAGAGCAAGAACACCCAAUCUGCCAAUAGCAGUAGGUUGCCAAUAAUCGUACAGACCGCAAACGACAAAAAUUUCUACGAAGGAUCUAGAUCGGCGACCCGCACCGUGUGCAUCGAAACGAAGCCUCGAAAUGAAUCGUGUGGAAUCUAAAGGUUUUCUGCUACUCUUCUUUCCCGUUCGGUGCCCGACAACRCUGCCCAUCUGUGGGCUUUCUGACCCUUUCGCAUGCAAUCCUGCGAUCCAAUGCAUGCGUCCCUCCCACCCCGCCAUCUGCCACCGGUGAACAAACCACAGGCAUCUAGCAAUCGUGCCUUUUCCAUUGCGGUUUCCUAACUUUUCUCCCUUCGGUUCCUGAUCGUAUCCUUCGUUUCGUCCUUCCAAUUUUUUCCUGCUCUGCUGUAGUUGCAUUGCAUUGCAUUCCUUAUCUUCUCUCGUAGGCUGCUGCGUUGCGUGCGUCUUUUUUUUGGUGCGCCGCUCCUCCGUCACACUGCCCGCACCGUCUCGCCCCUGCUUACUACUUGCUGGUGUCCGCCGUCACCUCCAUGGUAAAGUCGUAGCUGAUGGUCGGGAUCAUGGACGAGACAAACUUGAGAAAGAUAAAGAGGUAGUUCUCCACGGACGGCCCGCUCGGGGCCUCGUCUCCGUCCAGCGGUUCUUUGCCCGCCGCGCCCGUCUUGGUGAGGUUCCGGACGAUCGCCUUCAUGACCCUGGCGUGCUGGCAGGGGUGGAUGCUGGCGUGGGGGCACGAGGACCCCACGUGCGGGUGGGUYUCCAUCGUCACCGUCUUGUUGGCGUAGUCCGAGAUGACGUCCUCCAUCAUCUGCCCCGACGAGAGGGGCUGGUCGUUCUCGUCGCGGCCGACCAUCCAGACCCGGGGGACCUGGUAGUACUUGUCGUAGGUGAUGGAGAGGUCGUAGGUCCGCGUCUUGACAAUGUUGGCGGAGGAGGCCCCCUCGUUGUGGGCCUGGGGGAGGGCCGCGGCGUCGUCGUCGACCAGGACGUCCUCGUCCUCGUAGUCGUCCAUGUCGCCGUACUCGUCCUCCCCGYCGUUKGYGUUUGCGUUUGCGUUGGCGUUGCCGCUGGUGCCGCCAGCCCCCGGYUCGGGAGCGGCGGCUUCGAGGGUUUCGGUUUCCACCAGCUCCCCGUCGCCGUCGAGAAUGUCAAAGUCGUCCCCGAGGUUGUCCUCGUCCUCGUCCUCACCCUCCGCCAGCACGGAAGAGAUCAUCCACUCGUCCUCUCCGUCGCCUCCCCCGGCCACRCCCUCCAUUUUCAGGUUGGUCUCCAGGGARGACACCCGGUGCAGGCAGGGGACGUUCCGGGUGAUGAGGUACUGCUUGUCCGGGGGCAGGUAGGACUUUUCCUUCUUGCUGCUCGGGGCGCCCGACCACUCCCACGUCGGGCACCGAAAGACGAGCUCGUCCCCGGCCCGGACGAAUUCCUCCGGCGUCAGGACGCCCUUUUCCAGAAAGGCGGAUUCCGUCAGCUGGGGGUAGGCCCAUUCUCGGGCUCGACGAAGGGAUCCCAGCACCGAGGACAUGGUUGUGUCGUGUCGUGUCGUGUCGUAUUUUCGUGGAUUCCAAUACAAUUAUUGCGUUCUUUGUAUAGCUGUGCCGUCUUGCCGUUGGAGAUAGACGCACCGCGAGAUUGUUGUUGUUUGUUGUUGUCCUUGUUGUUGUUUCUGUCGUGAGUCGAGAAAACACCUGAAAUCUAACGUCCCACGCGUACGUUUUUGUACUGGCGAAUACCGCGCGAUGCGAUGCGAUGCGAUUCGAAUCGAUUCGGGCCGGUGGAAGAAAUCACGAAGAAAAGAACCCAUCAUUGUUCCUACGGAACUGCCGUUGAAAACGUACGAGGACUAUUCUGUUCCUUUGCCGCAAGCAUGCAACCUACCGUAACGUACGUGCGGUACGGUAGUAGAAAUACAAUACAAGAAAGGUACCGGUAUGUUGCAGUUGGAGAGAUGCCAGGUGAUUUUGAAUUYUUGGUUUGUGUUUCAUUUUUUGAUGAUUCGAUUGUUCCAAAAAUCAAUCAAAAUUCUCAUCCAUUCCUUUGGUGCGCGUUGUUGAAUCCAAUCAAAAGCAUUUAUUUAAUAUAAAAAUCAGUCUAAAAUCCAAUCAAAAUCUACCAAGAUUAAUUUCGAACCARAACAGGUCAAAGAACCCCAAAAUGCUACGCUGUGGGACAGCAAUGACCCGACCCUGCUAUAGCAGUUCGUGGUAUAGUAGAAAAAGUUGAUGUUUUGUUGGGGGGGCGGGAAGGAAUUAAAAAAUGGGUUUGGUAGCUUGCGCACGCUGCAAUGUACAUUAUGGUUCUCACCAUACGUAUUCGUACUGCCGGCAGGCAAUAUGUCUCUGGGAAGGGCAAUUGUUUUUUUUGCUCGAACCCACUGACUUUGGCGACAGGGCGCGAACCCGUCGAUUGGAUCCUAUCUUUGAGUGGCACAAAAAACUGCCUCCCUCGGUUGCCAGUCUUGUGUACGGCUAGUAGAAACCAGAAAACCCCUUCCCAAAACGUUCCGGGGGCCUCCCUGUAGGAGGCGGGCUACGCAAGCCUACCGUACCGUACGAUGCUUUCCGACUCGAUUCGCACGAAUGCGUACUCGUACGUACGGCAUCGUACUGCAUCGUACCGCGCCGUCGAUUUGUUCGGAACGCAACCGGAUCGGAUCGGAUCCGAGACGAGACGAAAGAGAGGCACAUGCCGUCUUAGAGAGAUCGAUCGAUCGAAUCGAACUCAACCCUUCGCUGCAUUCGACGGACGGGAAAGUCCCGAACACACGGAACCUAGUAGGGCACGGCAGCAGGUACCGUUCAGUACUCGCGCCCUGCUUCUCCGGUUCGACGCCGGGAUCCGCUGUUGCGAUCAAAGAAUCSCAGAGGAACAGAAACCGCCGCAUUGUAACAGCUACUACUCUUUGGUUCGAGAACGRGAGGAGGGGCAUAUUGUUGGAUCUACCACGAACUAGAAUCCAACACCUGCGAUCGYAGUCGGUGUUUGUUGGGUUCGUCUUUCUGUCGUGUUGUGUCGUGCUUGAUUCGUUCGGUCGAAGKCGCAGGCGCAGCAGCAGGCCGGAUCGUUGAAGCGGGUCACACCGGGCCGAACCGAGAGAGCCGAUCGCAAAAAGAAACCACGUUGGGAGACAGAGCCGGUGGGCAGUGAGCAGCGAGCAGCAAGCGACAAGCAACAAGCAACAAACAACAAACAGCACAUAGCACAUACUGUGUCCGAUCAACAACCACUACUACCACCACCACUAGAACACCAUGAACCAACACCCCAGCCUUCUGCGGUCUUUYUCGGCGGCGUCGGCCGAAUCCCGGCCCCCCAUGGUGCCUUCCUCGCUGCACCGGGGCAGCAGCGCCGGGGCGAUUCCCUCGUCGUCGUUCGGUGCGAGCAACACCAACACCAACGGCAACGGCAGCCACCACCACAAAACCUACAAGUCCAGGUUCAAGCGGGCCCUGAAGCGCGUCGACGUUCCCGCCGUCCUGCGCCAGGGGAUCCCCGUCACMCGGGUCUUUGCCAACGGCGAAAAGCCCAAGAAGCAAUACCUGACCCUCAGCGGGGACAAGUUCACCCUGUACGUCACCAACAAGCCGAUGGUGAACCCGAAGAGCUCCCAGGACGACAAGAAACAAAGGUCCGGUUCGUGGAAGUCCUUUUCCCUCUUUCGGUCCUCCUCGGUCGACAGCUCYGUUUCCUCGYCGCUGACCAACGUGGCCGAGGGGUCCAGGAAGCGGGCCAACAAGGAGGUCCGGACCAUCGACAUUGGCGAGAUCCAGCGCAUCCAGCGGGGGGCCCACAACGCGAACCUCAAGACCACCACCACGUCGGCGGAAACGGUCCAGAACCUCACGCGGCGGUCGCGGUCGGAGCUAAAGUAAGUGGGAAAGCGCACCGAAGCAUGCGAGUGCAGCCGGUGUCGGGGUUUGCCGGGCCGUGUUUUGAGUUGCGAGCAACCCAAAACGAGCGAAAACACGGCACAACACCGCAGAAAGAAUCGAAUGGAAAUUCUUCAAUGGAAAUGGUGUUUUGUGUGUCAUGCCCCUCUUUCCUUACAUUUUUCCUCUGCUGCUCGGUUGCAACACAAUCUCAUUCGUUCGAUUUCUCUCUCUCUCUCUCUCUCUCUCUCUCUCUCUCUCUGUGCUAGGAACAAAAUAAUAUCGCCUCUCUCUUCCCCCAACUCGUCACUGCACAAUCGCCACAGUGACAGCGCGUCUUCCAUCAACGCCAAUUUGCCAUUGUCGCCAUCGAAUAUUUACAAUCCCUUCGAUGUAACAGACCUUCCGAAUGKCAACGUGCUGUACGACUUCAAAAAUCCAAAUUUCGUGCCCGAAACCAAAACCAAAGGACGUUUCACGUGGUCAUCGGGGAAAAGCGAACAAGCACCUCCAUCCGUAACCACGGCAUCGUCCCUCGACCCGGGUAUGUGCUUCUCCAUUAUAUUUCGGGGCGAUUGGACGCUCGAUCUGAUGAUGACCGAUUUCGACAUUAUGACGACCAAGUCGGGGGAAACCAGCAAGAAAGGUGCCGACGAUACCACAUCGCUGUCCUCUGCGUCGAGGAUCACCCGCGACGCGAUACUGGAUGCCCUGGACAACCUUGUCCGAGCGUACGAAAAUGCAAAACGACAGGUCUCCAACGAGGUGUUGCUGCUGCGAUACGUAUGGAAGGAUGCCGAUCAGGUGAGAGCAAAACCGUGUGAUCCUCUUCAUCCUCUUCUUGUUCAAACUUUGUUUUUGCAUACUUUGCUGUACUAAUCUUGUCCGAUUUUCGAAAUCCUAUCAAUCAAAUUAAAAAAAAAACACUAGGACAAAUCAAAUACGAUCGCUCAGAACGAGGUCGGACUAGUCUUUGAUCGGAUCAACCACCACAUGAAGAAAACGGAACUGAAGGCUGUCUACGACCAAUUUUGYAAGGUGAUCGGCUUAAACAACAAAGAACGAAAAGGCGGCCUCACGUUCGAACAAACUUGUACCCUUCUCCACAAAAUAAAACGGGAUUCCUGGAUGGUACGGCCAUCCCACCAGUACUGGAACCUUCUUUUCGGAGAAUUCAUGAAGAACGGCAAGCAGCGCCUGACGGUAAGCAGCAAAACCUUUUUGGAAAAGUUUUUGCACCAAAAGCARGGAGAGCGAAAUGCCACGCUCGAGGACGCCAACGAGAUCUUCCGGCGGCUCAACGAAAUCGAAUUGCCUCGCGUCGCCGGCGAGGGUCUAGAUCCGACACGGAUCGACAGGGACCGGUUCGAGGUCUAUCUGCUGGGCGAGGACAACGAUGUUUUCGAUCCGAAACGGGAGGCCUACGACCCCCGGAGCAUGCACCGGCCGAUAUCGGAGUACUGGAUCAACUCGAGCCACAACACCUACCUCACCGGAGAUCAAUUUACUUCGAAUAGCAGCAUCGAUAUGUAUUCCAAUGCGCUGUAUCGAGGGUGCAAGUGUUUGGAACUAGAUAUUUGGGACGGUGGAUAUUCUUCGAAUGGCGAGCCAGUUCCCGUGGUGUGGCAUGGGUGAGUCUUCGUGGUUUUGCUUUUGCCUCUGGCUUUGCAAGUCUUUGUGUUGUUUUGCGCUCUUCCAUGCUGCAAUGCAUUGGAAGGCCAUUGUGCUUGGUUCUCUCCUUCUCACGAGUCUAGUUUCUCCGACGGUCCAAUCUCUCAACUCGUAUAGGCACACCAUGACGAGCAAAAUUUUGUACAAAGACAUUAUCAAGGCCAUAAAACUCUACGUCAACUUCCAUCCGGACACGUUUCCUUUGAUUCUUUCCUACGAAAAUCAUUGCGCCAUACCCUACCAGGAGGUGAUGGCGGCACAGCUCACGGAAAUCCUCGGGGAUUCUCUCUACAUUCCAAAGGAAGACUCCUUGCUCGGAAAAUUGCCGUCCCCGUCAGAGUAAGUUUGUGCCUUGUGCUUUUGUGGAGACCGAAUUCUAUGUGGCAAAGUUUCAUAGRAUGUCAUCUGAUCCUUGCCUYGCUCUUUUUUUUUCUAUUUCGUGCUGUCGCUGACCGAUGUGAUUCAGUUUGAGAGGGAUGGUAGUUAUCAAGGGAAGACGACCUGCGAAUAUAGAAAUAGACGAUAUCGAUGACGGGAAGAACUCGGACGAUGGUGCUCCAUCGACGAUUUGUCUAAGCGAUGUCUACACGACGGUCUCGCCAGGGCCGUCUCAGCAACAGGUUCCUGYGCAAAAGCCGGCGUCGCAAAAAGUAUGCCCGGCCCUGGCUCGACUGACGCUCUUCCACGGUACGAAACUCAAGGGCUGGGACGACAGCCUGAUGAAUCCAACCCACUUUAUGCACUCCUUUUCCGAGAGCAAGAUCAAGUCUUUGUGCCGCAAGACGGAUCGACAAAAGUGGGUKAUUUACAACCAAUCUCACAUGUCUCGGUCUUAUCCGGGYGGUACUCGGGUGGACUCGAGCAAUUAUUCUCCUAUUUUGCCGUGGGCAAUGGGCACGCAGCUAGUAGCGCUUAAUUUCCAAACCGUCGAUGCCCCGCUGUUGCUGAACGACGGCCGWUUUAGGGAAAACGGUGGAUGCGGGUACGUCCUGAAAUCAACGAAGCUGAUCGAUCUGCAGGAACCUGCGAACGAGUUCAACAAGGAGAGCCGGGUACCAACGAAGCUCUCGAUACGGGUCCUCAGCGGUUCUUGUUUGCCCAAACCGAACGGUGCCCGCAAGGGAGACUGCAUCAACCCGUACGUCAGAGUUUCUGUGCAUGAUGUCAACGGCGACAAGGAGGUUUCUCCGUCCUUUUGCACGACCACCGUCGCAAACGGCUUUUAUCCGAUCUGGAACGGCGAGAAGUUUUCUUUUCGUAUCGAAAACUACGAGACCGCAAUGCUACAGAUGUGCGUCUACACCGGGAGCGAAGAACUAAUUGCCUUUUCAUCAAUUCCCAUYUCCUGUGUGCGAAAGGGGCUCCGGAGCGUGAAACUCUUUGAUACCAGCAAUACGCGAUCGGGUGCCUUUGACUUUGCCUCGUUGCUGAUCGAUGUUAAGAAAGAAAAGGCUAGAGACGAGGACUCGUUGCUGCGCGAGAUCCAGAGAGAAAUCGUCAAGAACGAUACCGAGAGUUCAGCAGCAACAUCAACCAUGGCUGAGAUAUGAGAUCAUGGUCUACUAAUGACAUGAAGAAAGAAAUGMGCAUUGUACUCUUAGACURUGGAGCAUCAUAUCGGUAUUGUCAAGAGGCAAACUGUAAUUUUACAAAUCC